UUUUCCAGUUUCAACUCAAAAUACCGAUAAAAGGAUAGUUCUGAUGCUUAACUGAUAUCUCUUAUUACAGGGGGGAAGUUUAACGUGAUUACUUGGAAGUAAUAGUUCCUCAUCAUGGCUGAACUAUCACCUGAAGAAAUUCAGCUGAAGGCCAACCAGGUCACUGAUGAGUCUUUGGAAAGCACAAGGAGGAUUCUUGGCCUGGCUAUUGAGUCCCAGGAUGUUGGCAUCAAAACUAUUGCCAUGCUGGAUGAACAGGGAGAUCAAUUAAAUCGCAUAGAAGAAGGCAUGGACCAGAUAAAUAAGGAUAUGAGAGAAGCUGAGAAGACACUGACAGAGCUCAACAAAUGCUGUGGUCUCUGUGUCUGUCCUUGUAAUAGGACAAAGAACUUUGAGACUAGCAAGUCAUACAGAGCAACCUGGGGAGAUGGAACGGAAAACUCAGUGGAUCAUGUGAUUUCCAUGCAACCGAGAAGCUUAAAUCAGCAGCGACCUCAGACUUCUGGAGGACCAAGUGGUGGAUAUAUUACAAGGAUAACAAAUGAUGCCAGAGAAGAUGAAAUGGAUGAAAAUCUUGCUCAAGUAGGAAACAUUCUUGGGAAUUUGAAAAACAUGGCUUUGGAUAUGGGCAAUGAGAUUGAUGCCCAGAAUAAACAAAUAGACCGAAUAAAUGUAAAGGCUGAUACAAACAGGGAACGCAUUGAGCAAGCCAACAUCAGAGCCAAGAAACUAAUUGACAAUUAAAGCCUGCUGUCAUUAUUCAAUCAAUGACAGUGUCUCUCCAGCUGCACGCCACCGUAUUCAUGGAUCUGUGAAACUUCUCCUAUCCUGAAAUAAGAGGGUCUGGGAAAAAUGAAGCAGUACCCUUUCUAUAGGGAUUAAUUUUUCUUUUAUUGAUUGCUUCAUGUAAAUGUGGCUUUGACUCCAAGAAAGCAGCCAACAUAACUCCUCCUACUCAUCUGCCUUCACUUUCUUUCAAUUGCUCAGGGCUAAAAGUGUUAGGGCUUGAGAAUCUUCUUGCAUGUUUUAUUCCCCCUCCCAGUCUCUUUUUUUCUUUUUCCUGCACCCAAAAUAUUGAAGAUGAACAAGCAGGGUAACCUGAAUUCACAGUUGUGGAAAGUUGGAGAGGGCACUUUGCACUGUUUGAAAUACCUCAUAAGUUGAGUGUCUUCACUAAAACAGGGACUUGGUGAAUAUUGUCUGAGUUGUUGUGUAUCUAGCAGGCUAACCAUAGUUUCACAAUCCAAACCACAUGAUUGGUUUGGGGUUGAGUUUGUGGAUUACAGAGUUGAGAGCCACUACUAACUACUUGUGGAUUGAGGGCUUUGAAACACUUCCUAACCACAUGAACUUCAAUGUAAAGGUAACGGGAGGGAUAUACAGGUUUCCAUUUCUUUACUGUAAAUCAACAUUGGUUUGGAGGUCGUGACUGCUGCAUUGUUCUAAUAAUGUUGCGUGUAUAUAGACCUGAUCUAAACCCCAUGCACAUGUGAGUAGAAGGAAAUAACACACUCUCUCAAUAUAUUUAUUUGGAAAAUUUUAUGCCCCUCAUCUAAAAGGUAACUUUUAAGUAUUUGAAUGAUGCAUCCUAACUGGAAGAAACUGGGCAGAAGAACAUGCAGCUUUGAUGUACCAUAUCAGAUGCUGCCUUGGCCAGUUUUCACUGGGGUUCAGUUUAUGUCCCUCUCCAGUGCAAAAUAAUGACUGAGAUGUGGUGCAGGGUUUGCUCUCAGCAGUGACUUCAGGACAAGCUUCUUAAACCUACUGAAGACAGAAGCUUAUUAUGAAGUUUGUCACAAGUCUAGAGGAAGAAAUACCUAUUUAAAAGCUGUAUGCUAGUUCUAAAUAAACUAGUUCUAAAUAGAUUCCUGACUGGUUUGUUAUUGCAGACUUUAGGACUGGCAAUUGGAAAUAUUUUAUCCAAGUUGCUUGCAACUAAAAUGUUCCUGUUCUGUUGCAGAAUAGAGGAGUUUCUGACCAGGUGAGGUAAAGAUCUCUUCCUAUGAAGAAAAAUAUUUUGGUCUUACUGUAAUUUAUUCCCAGGAUUUUCUUGAAUAGUUUUUUUGGGAAGUAAAUUGCAAGUGACCUGUUUAAUGCCACCCAGCAAUAUGUCUGUUUUAAAGGUGAAAAUGAUGUGUUGCACUAACGUGAUACUCACUGUUGGAUGGCAAAAAUCUUACAUUGGAGGAAUAAUUAAAACUAAUAGUAUAAUGGGGUGUGUUUUUUGAAAGGGCAUGUCACAAGUAUCCUGUAUAAUAAUGAAAUAUCUUGUGUAAUAAUGAAUUUCAGGGCUAGAGAGAUGACACUGAUCUGCUGAAAUGCAAGAUAAACAGUGGUAACUCUUGUGUCUUUUGAAGAGAAACAUAGUCAUUAUUACUGGUAUAUUCUCACAUUGAUCCCAGUACAACUUGGUAUUUAAAGGAAAAAACCUCAAACAAGCCUGACCAAAGGAUGGAGCUGCUGCAUGGGAUAAAUAGGCCAGUGGUAGCCUGUUUUAUGUGAAUAAGGUAAAGUUCUUUGUUUUUUAGGGGACUUCAUACUUCAGUAGUGUGUGGUGGCUUCUGUCUGGCUUCCAUUAAUUGGUGGGAAGCUAAUUAAUUUUAAAAGCUACCCCAUUUAUGUGCUUAAACAGAAGUAGCAAAGAAGUACUUUUAAGAACAUUACAUAAUAAAUUUCUACCAACCACUUGCAUGGGAAAGCAUAGGGGAUUUGUAUGUUGGGUUUUUUUUUUUUGUCUUACAAACUCCAGGUUAACUGAAGUAGUAUUUGCUGCUGGUUGUGAAAGCAAAUUAUAUGUUGUUUAAUUAUGGUCGUCUCCUGGAACGGAAGACUAAAGCAGUUAUUCAGCUUACAACAGUGCAAACCUGCUCUGUAGCAUCUGGACAUUCCAAACAUUGGAAUGCUUUUCUCCCUUGCCAUUACAAGUCCAUGUUCUUGACUUCCCUGAGCUCUAA